UUUGAAAGAAAAUAUACAAAUGUUAUUAGUUAAAAAUCCUAAAUUAAAAGAUAUUUUUCCAAAUGAAUCUGAUUGGAAAUUGUUUAAAGAUUUAGACCAAUUUUUAUAUCAAUUUAAUGAAGCAACGAUUGAACUUUCGUCACAAAAAUAUCCUACUGUUGCACAUUCAAGAGUAAUUUUAUUAGCAAUUAAAAAAGAUUUAGAAAUUGAUUAUGGUAACGAUUAUUUAUUAAAUGAUGUAGUUAAGGCAAUUUCAUUUUCCAUCGAGAAAUCUAUGAAGUUCUUCCUAAGUGUUCGUUUAGUGGCUGGAUCGCAAAAAGCUUCAUAUUGGUGGAUAUUUGUGUCGGUUACUCAAAAUAAGUUGACCUUGAAUUUUAUAGGACGACUUGAACGACCUAAGCCAGGACGUUCUACAAAGUUAGAUACUUUAACCGAAUGGAUUGGGUGA